AUGAGUCAGGAUGAACAUUUAAAAAAGAUUAUAUCAUCGCAAGGUUGGUUUGGUGCGAUUACGGCCGGGGACGCUGCAGAGGUGUCGCGUCUGUGUGCUCGCUUCCUUCGGGAGACAGACCGGACCGGCACCACUGGGCUCAUGUAUGCUGCAGCAUCCGAUAACGAGGAGAUUGUGCAGAUGCUCGUUAAGGAUGAGAACUCCAUGCGCAAUCAUAUCGGGGAGACAGCUCUGCUGAUCGCUGCUGCCCAGAACUCGGCCAAAGUCAUCCCUCUUCUGUUACCAUAUGAACAUGAAAUGGUACUACUUAAUGGAGCUACUGCGUUGCAUGUCGCUGUUCAACAUGGGAGUAUGGAAUCAAUACCACAGUUGGUUGACUGCUACAGCUGUGCCCGUGAUAGAAACGGGUUUACCGCAAUGGAGUACUGCGCCUACAACAAUCUUCUUCCCCAGCUAUCUCUGUUGGUAAAACAUGGGAGUUAUACCAUUGAAGACCUAAAACAUGCUGCUUCGAUUGCAGAUUCCGCGGGACAUAAGCUCUGUGCCGCGGCCUUGUGGAAAGCCUCAAAUACAUAUCCUGGGACUUCACUAAGAUUGUCUAAUCUAAAAUUAACCACUGCACACAUAGAUGUGCCACCCAAUAGUGCACAAAGUAUUGAUUCGUUGUCAGGAAGCAGGUUUACUGCCACUUCUCACUCCCAUCCCUUAACCCUUACUCAACUGGAUGCCAAGCAGCUGCAAGCUGCCUUCCAUGCACUGAGUGAUGAAGCAGACACGAAUGGGAGUCCAGAGGGAGAAGGAAACAACCUUGCUGCAAACCAUCCAAAUGUAGUGCUUGCCUCGAACAACGAUCCUUGCGAAAAUCAGGGGAUUUGUAUGCUUAACUCAAUGGCUGAAUGCAGUGCGAGCACCAGUCCGUCCAUUUUCCAAGGAAGACAGGAGUCUGUGUUAGUUCCUGAUGUACCGCAGGGAGGCAACGAGCUGGUAUUAAGUCCGAGCUCUUUGGAUUCUUCCUUACCCUUGCUGGCUUCUCAGUUGUCUGGUACAGAUAGGAGCACGCAGAGGAGUGAAGUACGUAUUCUAGUUGAGCAUUUACGCUCCGCCUUAGAGCAAGCAAGGGGUGAUCUUAAAGACAAGACGGUUACAAUACUGCGCUUGGAAGAAGAGGUAAAGAAGUUGACAGAAAAGAACGUACAGAGAUCCUCAGGUUUUCUCUCUGCAGCGGAAGCCUUAUCUCUACGUGAAGAGGUAGCGUACUAUAAGCAUCUCUUGGUCAAGCGCGAUGCCCACGAAAAAGAGCUAAAGCAAGAGAUAGGUAGGCUGCAGAACGAAAGCACGGAUGUCUUAUCGUCAUUACGCUGUAAGAUCAAGCAGGACCAAGAACAUGGCAAGGAUCUUAGACUUGAGGAAAAAGGCCAAUCAUCCGCCCAAGUUGACUCGCCAGAGUCACUAUCGGAAUGUUCACACAAUUUGUGUGCGUUGGCAUACGCGGUGAAGCAGCUGUGGACCAUGCUUGAUGCGCAGGAGGCAAAUCUACCGGUUCCAGAUUUGGUUCCAGAAACGGCGACUAUUGCUGACAUCCUUCUCAGCUUUAAAUCCUUGGAAGUACAGCUUCAAAGAUUGACUUGUGAUGUCAGCUCAAGGCCUCGUACUGACCCCCCUUCGUCUGCAAAGACUAUACUUGACGCCAAUUUAGAUACUUCAAACGAGCAGAUUGAGCAACUUAUAGAAGAGUUAGCAGAUAGCAACGCCAGAAGACGCCAGCUUGAAGAGCAGCUUGCGGAGGCACAGGGUUCCAUUGAUCAAUACAAACAAUUGGCCGAGGCUGCUCGAAGCUGCCAAGCACAAUCAGAGGCCAGGCUUUCCCAGUACUUUGAGGUUCACCGCAACGAAUUGGCAUUGAUCACUAAUGAAGUGAAUAGUGCCAAAGAGACGAUUGCUAGAAUGAUAGAGGGUCCCGUUGAUAACGACGUCAGUGUAACCACCAUCACAGAUUCAUUGUCUUCUGGGUCUGCAAAGUCUCUUACGUACUAUGUGGAGCUCGUCUUCACGCUUAUCAAUUGGUACAAAGGGGCAAUGGAGAGCAUAAAGCAGGAGCUAGAGCAGCUUCAAGCGGAUAAUGAUGCACUUAGGCUGACAAAUGCAGAGUUAAAACGGUUAAAUGAUGUACUGGAACACCCCAUUAGACUUAGCUCUAGCAACCCUGACACCGCUGCUAUGGAAGCCAAAAUCGUAGCUUUAGACGCCAAAAAUACUGACCUCCACAAUGAGCUCGUCGAUUGCCGUAAGAAACUCUAUGAUCUACAGAAGGAGGUAGCAAAUUACAAAGAUAAACUCCUUACAGCUCACUCCAGCGAAGAACUUGAAGCCGUCAAGCUUCGAUCACAUCUAUCUAUGUACGCUGAUGCAUACAAAACUCUCAAAGACAGCUCUCUUUCUAUGGGCCAGGAGCUUGACAUGCUUCGGUCUGAAUUAGAUCUGUAUCGAUCGCUUCACGGAGAUAUUAAGGAACGAACGGAAUCACAACCAGUGGACACAGACGUAACUGCAUCACGUGUCUAUCCUUCCACGUUGGAGACUUCAAAUUUGACAGCACCGUCCGGGCCUCUUUCAACAACAGUUAUCAGACAAAACGUCAUGACGCCUUUAAUGAUUGCUGCCCAACAGGGAUCUCUCCGAGAGUGUAAAAACAACAUGCAGUAUGUUCGCCAGCAACUUCCCAAUGGAAUGACUGCACUCAUGUUUGCAGCGAGUGCUGGAAACAAGGAGAUUGUCGAGCUGUUGGCGCCACAUGAGUGCUCCUUUAUCAGACACGAUAAUAUGUGUGCAGCAGAGGUUGCUCUGACAUGCGGUCAUUAUGACUGUGCAGAGCUUCUUCGGAGUGCAGAGGCCCUGCAUACCAGCAAGCUUGGUGGCAUGGCAGAAGGUAUGUUGUCCAGUAUUAUUUCAGCUGCAAUCUCAAAUAGUCUAUUUGCUGUCUGGUCUUUUUUGCCCAGUCAGAAGGGAAUGAAAGAUGACCAAGGUAUGACAGCCCUAAUGCAUGCCGCGAUGCGUGGGCACAGAGAUGUCGUACGCCUAUUGAGCAAAUACGAGCUACGGCUUCAAGACAACCAUGGUCGAACAGCCCUGAUGUUCGCUGCAGAACACUUGCAUUCUCGUGUGUUGGAGUUUCUUGUGUCUGAAGUGGAUUUAAAGGACCAUGAUAACAAAAGUGCUAUCGAUUAUCUUCCCUCGCGGACAAACGCAAAUGGCCCCCUCUAUGAUUACUUUCUGGAGACUUUAGGGUAA